AUGGAGGGUGCCGGACUUGAUGAUCACCCUGGAGGAGGGAGAACAGCCCAGGUGACGGGCGCCGGAAACUCGCCUUUGUUGCCACCGGCGGCUGUCGACGACAUGGAUGCCGUGUAUGAUACGGAUGAAUAUGCGCCCUCCUCUACUCGCUCCUACUCGCCAACUGCCUCACCUCCAAGUCUGUCACGAAAUCAUUCCUUUUCGUACCAAGAUGACUGGGAUACCUUCCCUCCUUUGGAUAAGCUCACCGUGUUCGACUUGCUCGACAACCUUUCACUUUCCCAGAAACUUGAGAAAUGGCAACAUGCUAUAAACGUGCAGAAAGAGAAGGUCAGAAAGCAGCGAGAAAAGCUGAAGUAUACCUCGAUGCACGCAAAGGAUCGAGUUGUGGGAGAGUGGAAGCGACGCGUGCCUACAGCUGAUGAGCAGUUGGAUAAAUACCGUCACCGGAUGAAGGACGGAGUCAAGAGACUAGAGAAGCAAUGGAAUGCUACGGCCACUGUGACUCUGCGUGAGAAGAUCUCGUUCAUUGCAGGUGUUCUCAAUAUUUUCAUCAGUGGCUAUCUUAUCGGAGCCUAUCCGGAGUACUUUUAUAUCUGGUUCAGUGUACAGCUGGCCUAUUUCAUGCCGAUUCGAUACUACGGAUACCAUAAGAAGGGUUACCACUAUUUCUUGGCCGACCUCUGCUACUUUGUCAACAUGCUAUGCAUGCUCAGCAUUUGGGUCUUUCCAAGAUCCAAGAGACUUUUCAUCAGUACGUUCUGUCUCACUUUCGGAAAUAAUGCCGUUGCUAUUGCAAUGUGGCGGAAUUCUAUGGUUUUCCAUAGCAUGGAUAAAGUCGUCAGUCUUUUUAUCCACAUCAUGCCGCCUGUGACAUUGCAUUGCCUUGUCCACCUUACCCCCUCCAAAGUGCUGCGCGAGAGAUUCCCGGCCAUCUACGACAUCAAAUUCAGCAAGCCCGGCUCCCCCAACCACUACUCACUUCUUUCCAUGAUGCUCUGGGCCACCGUGCCGUACGUCAUCUGGCAAUUAACUUAUCAUUUCUUCAUCACUGUACGCCGUGCCGAGAAGAUUGCCGCUGGACGGCCUACUAGCUUUACCUGGCUUCGCAAAUCUUACGCAAAGACCUGGAUCGGGAAGUUGGUUAUAAACCUUCCCGAAGCUCUACAGGCGCCCGCUUUCAUGAUGAUCCAAUAUAUUUACGCUGUGCUCACCAUGAUUCCUUGUCCCAUUUGGUUUAGAUACCGUUGGGCUAGCGGUGCAUUUCUGACUGCUCUAUUCGUUUGGAGUAUCCAUAACGGCGCGACCUAUUAUAUUGACAUCUUCGGCAAACGUUUCCAGAAGGAACUAGAGGAGUUAAAGAAGGAUGUUGCCCGUUGGCAAGCCUCCCCGGCUGGAACAACAAGCCCAACACUAUUGGAUUCGGAGAAUGCCUCAGCCGCGGGAGCUCGUAUUCUGGAUGAUUCGACCUCUGCCCAUAAGGAAUGCGAUAAAGCAAGCCUUGACCAGAUCCCUCCUCUUGACGCUCAUGCGGCCACAACUGGCUCAGACAAAGCCAACAUUACCACUGACACAAUGCGCGAGAGAAGAUAA